CGAUAGGUUCUUCGACAAUUUAUAAAGCAGUUCUUUCAAAUUAGAAAAGUUGAUCGGAAUCUUUUAUAAAUGUUUAUUUAUUAGUAUGUAAGUUCUAUAAAUCUGUGUAUUGAAUCAAGUUUUAGAUUGAUUACCUGUAUUAACAAUAAAAACAAUUAGUCGAAUUAAAAUCCCUUCAAACGUGACACAGAAAAGCACCGAGGCAGAAGGAAGCUUAUAACCUGCCGUUUGUUUUGGAUAAUUACGAAAUGAGGGAUAAAAAAAUCUGACAAAAAGUGUUUAAUGGAGUAAUUUACUGUCUUGAAAGAACAUAUUAAUUUCUUCACUGUAGCAGUGGAUAACAUUUCAAGAAUAUGAAUAAUGAAGACGUAACGUCAAGUUUGUGCCAGGAAUUCAUCUAAUACUUAGAGAUAUUAAAAUAGAGAUGGGUAUACACCAAUGACCAUAAGACGCUGCAUCAAAUAGAUUCUAGAUCAAUUUCAACAACCUUAAGAUACUAAAUAGAAUAUACUAUUACGGAUUUAAUUCAUGAUAGUUUAGUUAUGUUUUACAAGGAAUGUCUAACGCGACAACAUCUAAUAUUAGUGAGUUCUGUAGAGGAGUACUCGCAGAUGUUGCCGGUCCUCCACCAUUUCUGGAUCAAGAAACAAGGUAUUUCUUGACGGCAGUAUUGACAUUUUUCCCACUUUUGACAGCUAGUGGUAACGCUUUAGUAAUAAUAGCGGUAUACACACAUAAACGUCUUCAGACAAUAACUAAUGCAUUCGUUGUGUCCCUAUCGGUUGCUGAUUUAUUGGUGGCCGUGUUUGUAAUGCCAUUUGGAAUAUAUCAACAGUAUAACAAUAAAGUGUGGCAGCUAGGAAAAGAUUUAUGUCUAGUGACUACAAGUCUUGAUGUUAUGUUCACGACGACAUCCAUCAUGCAUCUUUCAUGUUUAGCGAUAGACCGGUACUUGGCUAUAUGUCGGCCAUUUUUACAUGAACGAAUAAGCAAGACCAUCAUUGGAUUAAUGUUAGCUGCUUGUUGGAUAACGCCUAUUUUCAUAUCAUUUCUUCCUAUUUUGUUUAAAUGGAAUCUCAUUGGAAUCGAAGAUCUGCAUGAUUGCCUUUUUCCGCCAAAUGAAGAAGUAUGUGGAUUUAUAGUAAACAAACCAUUUGCGAUAAUUUGCUCAGUUAUAGCUUUUUACAUUCCUGCUAUAUGUCUAAUUCUAAGCAAUAUAAAGAUAUUUCAAGUCGCUAGAAAACAAGCGCAACAUAUCCAUAGUUUAGAAGCUCAUUUACAUAAACAUAAAAAAGGUAAACUAAAGCGAGAAACGAAAGCCGCCAAGACAAUCACUAUUAUUAUGGGUUGCUUUUGUGUCUGCUGGUUUCCAUUUUUCAUAAUGAAUAUUGUAGAUCCUUUGAUCGGAUAUAAGCUUCCGUAUGCACUUUUUACAACAGCAAUUUGGCUGGGAUAUGUUAAUUCAAUGCUUAAUCCGUUCCUUUACUACAACUUUAAUAGAGCAUACAAAACAGCAUUCAAACGUUUACUGACAUUUAAAGUAUGCCAAGGAGUUCGAGAGUAUAAUGAUGACAUAUUCAACACGCAUGACAAUUCCGAUGUCCAUUUACAACCGAAUAAUUCUUCAUUGAACAACCAUGACCCGCAUAGUCCUAUUACAGAAAUGUCUAACUUCAGUGCCGGAAGUACUUAUGAAUAAUCCUGGUUGUGUUUGUGAUAACUGUCUAAGUUAUAUAUUUAAGUUGCUUUUAAAACUACUUUUUGUAUUAGUAAAACCUGUUUAUAACUUAAUUUGACUAAUCGGACUUCCAUGAAAAGAAAUCAAUACUUAUUUUUAAUUAGUUUUUAACAGAUGUUUUGUUCUAGAGCGUACUAAGUAUUCAUUAACGAAUUUGCUAAAGCAUACCCUAUGAUUUCUUUACUGAAUCUUGUCGGCCAACGAUUUUGCUUAUUUGGACAGGUUUCAUACGUUUAUGUAUUUAUUAUUUAAUGCUCAGUUAUUUAUUAAUUUGUAUAAGUUUUGGUAUGUUUGUUUCACAGCUAUAAAGGUUGUGUUUUUGUAA